AUGAAUGGUGCUGUUGCUGUUGAUUCAGAGGAAUCUGGGUUUGUAGAAGUUGAUCCUACUGGAAGAUAUGGAAGGUACAAUGAGAUUCUUGGGAAAGGGGCUUCAAAGAUUGUUUACAGAGGUUUUGAUGAGUAUGAAGGGAUAGAAGUAGCCUGGAACCAAGUAAAGCUCUGUGACUUCUUGCAGAGCCCAGAAGAUCUUGAGAGGCUUUACUGUGAGAUUCAUCUGCUCAAGACUUUAAAACACAGCAAUAUCAUGAAAUUCUACACUUCUUGGGUUGACACUGCAAAUAGGAACCUCAAUUUUGUGACAGAAAUGUUCACUUCUGGUACUCUCAGACAGUAUAGGCUGAAACAUAAGAGGAUCAACAUUAGAGCAAUCAAACAGUGGUGCAGGCAGAUUUUGGAAGGCCUCCUUUAUCUUCACAGUCAUGAUCCUCCUGUCAUUCAUAGAGACCUCAAGUGUGACAACAUUUUCAUCAAUGGAAACCAAGGCGAAGUUAAAAUCGGUGAUCUUGGCCUUGCUGCAAUUUUAAGGAAAUCCCAUGCCGCUCGGUGUGUAGGUUACGCUUGGCCAGUAAUUUCUCGAUUAUUUUCAGGAACACCCGAGUUCAUGGCCCCUGAGGUGUAUGAAGAGGAAUAUAACGAGUUAGUUGACAUCUACUCUUUUGGCAUGUGCAUUUUGGAAAUGGUGACCUUGGAGUACCCGUACAGUGAGUGCACUCACCCCGUGCAAAUUUACAAGAAAGUCAUUUCUGGGAAGAAACCGGAAGCCCUUUACAAAGUAAAGGACCCCGAGGUGCGAAGAUUUGUCGAGAAAUGUCUUGCAACAGUUUCAGACAGGCUGUCGGCUUGGGAGCUUCUGAAUGACCCAUUUCUUGAGAUCAAUGAUUACUCGUGCGAAUUUAGUUAUCAAAGUGAUUAUGAUGAAAUCGACCCUUUCUUGAGACAACCGCUUUUGCUUCAGCAUCACAGCAAGGACAGUUCUUUAGUCAACGGAUAUUCUAAUUGCAUUGAUUACGAGCAAGAGAAUGAGUUUGAUUUAUUCACGAGUCAUGAGGAUGAUUGUUUGGAAAAUGUGGGUAUUGCUAUCAAGGGGAGAAGGAAUGAGGACGGGAAUAUCUUUUUGAGACUCAGAAUCAGUGAUAAAGAAGGCCGAGUUCGAAAUAUUCACUUCCCGUUUGACAUUGAAACUGACACGGCCUUUAAUGUCGCGGCCGAAAUGAUAGCCGAGCUGGACAUAACCGACCAAGAAGUUAGCAAAAUAGCAAAAAUGAUCGAUAACGAGAUUGCCUUCUUGGUGCCCGACUGGAAAUCGGGCUUUGGUGACCAAGAAGGAAGUGAUUUCUGUCAGAAUUACUGUUCUGAUGAUUCUAUACCGGGCCACUCAUCCUCGUCUCACGGGCCUGGUAAGGGCCCACAAUUAUCUCAAUGCUCCAAACAUGAAUGUGGGUCCGUGCAUGGCCGGUUUGAAGAGAUCAUGUACCGAGUUGAAGGACCUGAGGAUUGCAUUUCCGAUUUUGCCCCGGAUAGCUCGGGUCACAUUCCUCUCGAUAAUGAUGAGGAAGUUGUAGAAGAAAAUGAUGAGGAUAAAUCUUGUCGGGAUCACGAGACUAUGCAAAAACUGAGGUGGCUGAAGGCCAAGUACAAAAUGCAGGUAUUGGAGCUCACAGAAAAUAACUCGCAUUUUAGUCGAGAGGUUUAUAGUUACGAGCUCCCGUAUAACUCUUGCAGUCCGGUGCACCUUGCGACAACCAAGAGUUUUUAUUCUGGUGCUAUGCACCCACACUCACUUCACCGGGCGACUUUCCAACCGAUUGAUGCUGUAGAUUCUUAG